AUGUGUGCUUCACGCGACACGUCGUCGUCGUUCGCUCGCCUCCUCCUCCUCCUCCACCCGCGUCUCGACGAGAUGCUCGUACGGACCACUGCCUGCGUGAAUGCGCGUUUGAUUUAUCGUCUCUUCACAAAUAAGCACACACACACACACGCCGCACGUCCACACGCUCUCGCGGAUAUGAGAAUUUGGCGCGCACUUUUCAUUGAACGGCCUUGA